AUGUACGGUAGAUACGAUACAGGAAUAGGUGGAAUUUACGGAGGACUGCCAGGAGGAAUGUACAAAAAUUACAAUGGGUUAGGCGGAAUGGGUGAUUUUUAUAACGGUUUCGGUGGAUUAACCGCUGUUGGUGGAAUGGGCGGAAUAGAUGGUUUUUACAAUAGAUUCGGAGAGUUAACCGGCAUUGGUGGAAUGGGCGAAACAAACGGUUUUUACGACAGAUUCGGAGGGUUAACCGGUAUUGGUGGACUGGGCGGAACAAAUAGUUUUUACAACAGAUUUGGAGGGUUAACCGGUAUUGGUGGAAUGGGCGAAACAAAUGGUUUUUACAACAGAUUUGGAGGAUUAACGGACGGAGGUGGAUUGGGUCUAAUGAACGGGAUAAACGGUUUUUAUAACAGAUUCGGAGAAUUAACCAACAUGGGUGGAAUGGGUAGAAUAAACGGAAUAAACGGUUUUUAUAAUAGAUUUGGAGGAUUAACCGGCAUAGGGGAAACAAGUGGAAUGGGCGGAAUAGACAGUUUCUAUAACAGAUUUGGAGGAGUGAACCACUGUUGCGGUGGAAUGGGGAUUCUCUGUGGCAGAUUUGGAGGAACAAACUGCUGGUGUGGAACAGGUAGAAUAGGCAACGGAGUAUUCACCGGCUAUUAUGGAAUGCCUGGAAUGGGUGUUUAUUCUAACAGAUGUCCGGGUGGCUUGUGUCCUUAUAACAGAUUUGGAGGAAUGAAUUGGCCUUAUGCUGGCGAAAUUUAUGGGCUCUAA